GCAACGUUUCUCAUUAAAAAAAAAAAUCUCUCUCUUUCACACACAAAAAAAAAAACUCUCUCUCUUCUUCCUUUUUUUCAUCGAGAUCUGGUAAAUCCUUCCCGGCAUUCAUAAAUCACAAUCACCGGUCAAGACAGCAAAGACCAUUAUAACAGCUGAUGUGAAACGAAGGAAAAAACAAAAAAAGAAGAAGUCUUUUAAUAUUCAAAGACAAAUUCCUGAAGCUCACGAUUGAAAGGGAAACAAAAGCUUUUGCCUUGUAGCUCCUUCACCAAAGGCCGCUGCGGAGACGGAGAAUGCAGUCUGCUCCCGUUACAGGUAUUGGAAAGUAACUCGACUGGGAGAAAGUUUGGGGCUUUAGAUUAGACGAACCAUGGCAGCGACGACGGAAGUGGAUCCACCGUUAACAGAUGUAGAGCUCGUGCCGGAGAAAGAGACGAUCGAAGAUGUAAAAGAGGCACCACCCGCAUUCCCAUGCCAGCUAUCCGACAUUGAGUUGGUUUACAAGAUAGCUCAAUCCUUUCUGCCAGGACUAGCAACAGCUUGUGUCGACAAUACGACGGGUGGCAUAUUUAGAACCCCUGGUUCAGUUGCUGCCGAGCUCAGGAAAGAGAUGAUCGACUAUCUCACUCAGAGAAGCGAAACUUUUGUUGCUGAAUCUGUCAUUCUAGAAGGAGAACCUCAGCCCGAGUCCCCCGGCAAUCCAUUCGACAUCAUCUCUGACUUUGUUGAUGAUUUUGCAAGCUCAAAGAGGAAUUUCUUCAGCAGGGUUUCUGGGUGGCUGCUUAGUGAGAAGAGAGAAGACAAGAUUGAUGAUUUUGUGCAGGAGAUGGAGCUGAAUGGAUUUUGGCCCAUAGAUAAGAGAUCGACAGUAGCAGAAAAUCUGCUCAAGAAUGUUGACUUGAAGAACAGGUUUCACUGCGACCACAAGUUUAAUGCCGAAGAAGAACUGGCCGAACAUAGCAAAGCAUGUGGGUUUAGGACUUUGAACUGUGAAAACGAAGGGUGUGAUGAUGUAUUCUGUGCGAGCAAUAAGGAAGACCAUGAUGCAAUUUGUCCUUUCAAGAUAAUUCCUUGCGAACAGAACUGUUCGGAGUAUAUUAUGAGACGUGACAUGGACAGGCAUUGCAUAACUGUCUGUCCUAUGAAGCUCGUAGCUUGUCCUUUCUAUGCUGUGGGGUGUCAGGCAAAUGUGCCUAGCAGCAAGAUUGAUCAGCAUCGUGCCGAUGAAGUGAAGGCUCACGUGCUCUGUGUUCUUCAGAGUAUUCACAAGGAAGCUUCUGUGGAGGAUCUAAACCCUCGUGUGGACCAAGUGCUCGAGGUUUUAUCUUCGGGGCUAGCAGAAGCCAGAGAUGUGAGGUCUAUGACUCGCAGAAUCAAGAACAUUGAAGCAAAACUGGGACCUUUGGAGAUCAAACCUCGAAAGGAAGGUGAAGAAGCAUCUGCAGAGAAUGGAGAAAAGGCUGCUGAAGACCCUACUGCGGAUACAACAAACAAAGCUAGUGAACAAGUGGCUGCUGCAGCAACAGACAAUAAUGUGAGUAAAGAUUCCAAUGAAGCUGCCACAGUCAUGGUCAGUGAAGAAACAACAAGCAGAGCUGUCGAGAAUGUAAGCACGGAAUCAAAUAAGAGUGCAGACAAGGUUAACGAAGAGCCUACUGAGGCUUCCAAAAAGCCUGGUGACAAUGAGGAAUCAACCGAGCCUUCUGGACAAAAGGUGAAUGAAGCUGAAGCUGCUGAAAAGAUCAUUGAUGAGCCACCUAAGGCUUCAACCGACCUGGGCAAGGAAUCAACUGAAUCAGUUGAGUCUACAAAGAAUGUAAUUGCAGUCGCUGACUCAGUAGAACCAGCAGACCAGGUCAGUGAGGAAUCAACUCAAGUGAUUCACAACCUUAACAAGGAACCAGUUGAUGCUUCAUAUAACCCUGGUAAGGAAUCAACUGAUGCUGCAAACAAGCUUGGUGAAGAACAGGUGGAAGUUAUGAACAGUGUUCCCGCGAGCCAGGAAAGUAUGGAAUCUGACGAGACCACGAAAAUUGUGAGCAAGGAACUACCUGAGGUUAUGGAACCAUCAACUGAAACCACUCCGAACGUUGAUGUAUCCAGGGACUCCAUUGGCGUUGAGGUUGGCGAAGAACCCACUUCGACAGCUGCUGAUGAUGUUGCCAACGAAUCAAAUGAGGGUGCAAAGAACAAAGCCACAGAAGAACCCACUUCAACAGUGGGUGACGCCGACACGAAAUCUGGUGAUGCUGCAAAGUCGAAGAGUGAAGAGCCCACCACAACAGUUUAAAACCUGUCGCCAAAUGAAUUGCUUACUAAAGAAAUUUCUAACAUCUAAUUCUUUUUUAUGCAUCAAAAGUUUCCAGACAUUCCCCCCUCCCAGCUGAGGUAUAUCUAUGUAUCUCAUGCUAGUGUCGUGGAGCAAUGAUUUCUACGUUCAUAUAGAGCAACGAUCUGCUUUUCCGACCUCAGUUUGUCGGAGAUUUCCUUGAGAAUUGCAGCUCAGAGACUCGCAUAUUGGGCUCCUUAUGUGUGGUCGAUCCCGGUUUCUCCAGCUUGUUUUGUUGGAUACGUGACCUGGGCGUGCUGCAGCUAUUAUCAACAGCUUAGUUUUAGUGAUGAUGACAAAGUGGCAGUCCUUCCAUCUACGAACAAUGUCGUUGACAGUAAUUCUAACUAAGCUCAAGGAAAAUGAAAUUCAUCUGUUUAUCGUCAUAGCAACAAUGAUUGUACUGAAUAAGUGCGACGAUGAUGAUACUUGAUCGUCCUAACUGUUAUCCUUGUACUUUUUUGUUUGAUUUGGAGAUGGAGACCACAUUCUUGUACUAUGUAUCCCUUAAGUUUUCUAUUUAAAAUGUAUGGUCC